AAUUAUAUUUAGAUUGAUAUUUAAUAGUCAAAAUUGGUUUAUAAUGUUCCAUCAGGCCUUUUCACUCUGACCGCAAGUCGUACAAAUUCCAGAUCAUUCUGUGAAAAUGCGCCCAAGCCUGAUAAUAUUGCUGGCGGUCCUGCUCCAAGCAGCGAGUGUGGGUAAGAUCAACGCCAGAUGGGAUCCAGCCACUCAAGGCACUUCUUGCAGGCCACCCGCCUGCUGAAGUUCACCAACGUCAAGUGCCAGGAUCUGCCCACAACGGCGGGCUUCACCAGAUACGAGUACUGUCGCCUGAAGGUGGUGCGGCGCAACCACGUGGAGCUCUCGCUGAAGGUCAGCCUGCUGCAGCUGCCUGUGCGCAACCUGACCACGCGACUGCAGUGCUUCCAGCGGCGCGACGGCUACCGCCCCUUCAUGUACAACGUGCUCUUCGACUUCUGCAAGCUGAUGGCCGCCACCAGCCGCGAGCUCUCCUUCGAGCGCUUCGUCUUCGACACAAUCCGCAAGCACAGCAACUUCAACCACUCCUGUCCCUGGAAGGAGAACCACAUGACGGUGGAUAAGUUCGGCCUGGAUCCCACGAAAAUAAAUUUGCCAUUUCCUGCGGGUGUCUAUCGCUUGGAUUUCACCUUCUACGCAUACGGCAUACCACGCACAUUGACACAAGUGUUUUUCGAGAAGAUUGACUGAAAGACAGAAAAUCAACCCAGAUCCUAAUA